GUGUACAUUUAUUAUAUCAUAUGCUACAUAGCAUAGCAUAUAAUAAUAUUAAUCAUAGAUGUAUGUAUAUGACUUUGUUUGACCCUUUGAAAACUAGUGGUAUGAGAGUGAGUGGCUGCUAUAAAUAUUCUAAUAUCAACUACUUCAACAUUCCGUUGCAUCUUCCUUUCUUAAUUAUCCUCUUCUUCCAUUAAGAGAGAAAAAGAAGAAAGAAAAAUCAUGGGAAAUUGCCAAGCUAUUGAUACUGCAACUCUUGUAAUACAACAACCAAAUGGAAAAGAAGAAAAAUUAUAUUGGCCAGUAAGUGCUAGUGAAAUCAUGAAAUCAAAUCCUGAUCAUUAUGUUGCUCUUCUUAUCUCCACAACAUUAUGCACAUCAAAAGACAAAGAAAAUUGUUCAAACAAGACAAGUGACAACAACAACAACAUCAACAACAACAAUAAAGUUCGUAUUACACGUAUCAAGCUUCUUAAACCAACAGAUACACUUUUGCUUGGUCAAGUUUAUAGACUCAUCUCAACUCAAGAAGUUACAAAGGGUAUGUGGGCUAAGAAACAAGCAAAGAUGAAGAGAAACUCUGUGUCAGAAUCAGCACAAAAGUCAAAUCAGAUUAAGGAAAGGAUUAGUGACAAAGCAGCUAAGAGUUCUGAGCUUGAAGACAAUAAGGAAACAAAAUCUGAAAGACAUGAGUCAAGGACAAAAGCAACAAGUAAUGGUGGCAAUCAUAAUAAGUCAAGAACAUGGCAACCCUCUUUACAAAGCAUCACUGAAUCUUCCAGCUGAUAUGUGUUUUUGAAUCUUACUUCACAUGUGAUGACUCAACAAGAGACAGAGGAGAAACUAUUAUGAUUGCUUAGAGAUCUGUGGAAAAACUAAAUUAAAAUUAAAUACAGCACAUUUUAGGGAAGCUAUAGUGACAAAUUGAGAGAGAUGAUAAAAUUCACUCAUGCAUAAUAAUUGUGUAUAUUAAGUAAAAGUUGACAUAUAAUAUUUCAUGUAUUCAGAUAUUGUUCUUCAAUGAAAUCAGGCUUCAUCAUUACCA